AACUUUUUCAGUCACUCGUGUAUUAAGCAACCUAUCCACAGCACUCCGCCCUUGUCAAAUUAAACUCGUGCCUAAAAUGGCGUUUAUCAAAAUUGUUGCAUAAUAUACUAUUUGGCUUACAAAAAAAAAAACACAUUUUAAAUUUAAAUCUUAAACACGGAUUAUUUAAUUUCAUAUUUUCAGAGACGCAUAAUCAAGAGGUUGUGGGUUAGAGCAACUAUAGUUUCCCUUUCAUUAAGCGAUACUUUAGUUGCUCUAUGGGGUUAAUAAAUAGCAUAGCGUCAGGAAAUAGACAAUUCCAACAUAGCGUAGCGCAGACUAUUUCAUUAAUUAAAUUUUUAAGUCUCAUUAAAAUUGACUUUUCCAGUUUUUUAUUUUGAUUGUUAACUUUUUACCAUGUUGACCUGCGAUUAGCUUUUAGCUUGUCAUUAGUCUGCAAAUAGAGAUUAUCAUCUUCAUCUAUAUUCGUACAAAUAAAUUUCUUCAUCAUGCCUUAACCUCGGAGUCGUAGACAAUGGCUGUAUUGUCAAAAUCCUUGCGAAUAAGCUUCGAAAUUGUAAAUGAAUUGUAUACGGCAGUGGGAUCUGGUGUCUUGGGAAUAUUAAUUCUAAUACAGCAUGGAUUUAGAACUUGUGAGCCUCUUAAAACCUUGUCUGUAGUAGGCCUGACAGCCGCAAGCUUGAUAUUCGUCUUUAGUAGAGAUAGAGAGAAACUGGAGCCUAACAAGCAGAAAGUUAUUUUUAUAACAGGCUGCGAUUCUGGGAUUGGUUUUUCCAUAGCACAACACGCAAGUGAGUGUGGAUUUACAGUUAUAGCUGGAUUUUUGAGUCUUGAAUCUAAAGGCUCCAAAGAAAUUAGGAAACUAUAUGGAGGUGACAUUAUACAAAUUCAACUGGACAUCACAGAUAGAUCUAGCAUUUAUUCUGCUGUGCAAACGUUAGAGCAUUACUUCAAUAAAUAUAGGAAUUCAGGUUUGCAUGCUAUAGUAAACAAUGCUGGUGUUAUGGUAUUUGGGGAAUUUGAAUGGCAAACAGAGAGACUGAUAGAGGAGCAAGUAAAUGUAAAUUUACUUGGUACAUUUAAAACUACCAAAGCCUUUUGUCCCCUUCUAAGAAAACAUAAAGCUCGACUAAUAAUAGUUUCUAGUCAUUGUGCACUGGCAAAUCUGCCUGGCUUGGCAGUUUAUGGAGCAACCAAAGCAGCUUUAUCUUCUUGGAGCGAUGGCUUACGGGUAGAACUUGAAAAAUAUGGCAUUAAAGUACUCACUUUUAUUCCGGGUUCAUUUGCUAGUCAAAGUAACCUUAUGUCAAGACAAUUAGAACAUAUCCAAGAAAUGCAUGAUGCUUUUACCCCAGAACAACACAUAUUUUAUAGUGACUAUUUUAAAAGAUACAACAUGUAUUUGUCUUGCAUUGCUUCACCCACAGAUCCAAAGAAAAUUGAAGAUAAUAAAUUAUAUAAGGUGUUUGAAAACUCUUUAUUAGAUCUACAUCCAAAAGCAGUUUAUAAAAAUGAACCUUUAAGGUAUAAAAUUUACCAUUUCUUAUUUAAAUAUAGUCCAACUUUUAUAAGAGACUAUUUUGUUAUUAAAUUUAUGACAAUGCCAAAAUACUAUCCACCAAGUACAAAUGUGGAUGAUUAUGAUCUGAUUGAUGAUAUUUAGUUUUCUUACAGCAAUGUCGAAAAUAUGUGUAUCCAAAAAUUGUACAAAUAAAAUGUAUCAUCUACCUUAUGUGAUUUUUUCCAA